AUGUCAAGGUCCGCGACACCGUCAUUACCUUUGCAUAAUGCAUCGAAAAACGACUCUUUACGGCCCCCGUCCACGACCCCUAUGACCGCAUCUCCAAAUGCUCCUUCUUCGACAUCCACCUCCACCUAUUCGUGGCUCGAGCCUCAUGAAACCGCCGAGCGAUUACGAACUUCUCUACUGCACGGUAUAACCCCCGCUGAGGCGGAGGUACGCCUGGCGCGAGAUGGACCGAACGAGCUUCCUCACGAAGAGCCGGAACCCCUAUGGCUACGCUUCGCCAAACAAUUCAAAGAGACCCUCAUUCUCCUCCUGCUCGGUUCUGCGGGAAUCUCAUUUGUGAUGGGAAACUAUGACGAUGCUAUCAGUAUUACUCUAGCGGUGACAAUUGUGGUGACAGUUGGCUUUGUUCAGGAGUACCGGUCGGAGAAGUCCUUGGAGGCGCUGAGCCGCCUGGUGCCUCAUUACGCCCAUUUGAUCCGUGAUCUUCCCAACACGACAUCCACUACAGCUGAGAAUAGCGGGACUCCGCCCUUGGACUCUGGUAUGGAAAUGGACGAGCUCAAGAGCAAGAGCCCCAACUCCGCGUCUGCUGCGGUCAAGGCAUCCUCAACCGUUCCAGCCCAUGAGCUGGUGGCCGGCGAUUUGGUCCUAUUCACUACCGGAGACCGCAUCCCUGCUGAUAUUCGGAUUACCGCUGCAACAGACCUUGGCAUCGACGAAUCGAACUUGACUGGCGAGAAUGAACCUGUGUCCAAAUAUGCCGAAGCGCUUCGUAGCACGGCGAACGGAACCACUGCGGUGUUGAAUACACCACAACCACCUCGCUCACCAUUCUAUGAUGCACCAGCUACCGGUGCUGUGGGUGCUGACAUUCGAUUGAAUGAACAGCAUAACAUCGCCUUCAUGGGUACACUAGUUCGCUCGGGCUAUGGCCAGGGUAUCGUCAUCUCGACCGGUGCAAAGACUGAAUUCGGUAGCAUUUCGAUGUCUUUGCAGGAAAUUGAAAGCCCCAGAACCCCGCUCCAGCUGUCUAUGGACCGCUUGGGUCAGGAAUUGAGCUACAUCUCUUUCGGUGUCAUCGCGCUGAUUGUCGUUAUUGGUCUUCUGCAGGGUCGUAAACUUCUUGAAAUGUUCACGAUUGGUGUUUCGCUCGCUGUUGCAGCGAUUCCAGAAGGUUUACCUAUCAUUGUCACUGUCACUCUUGCUCUGGGUGUUUUGCGCAUGGCCAAGAGAGGAGCUAUCAUGCGAAGACUACCUAGCGUUGAAACCCUUGGCUCUGUCAACGUGGUUUGCUCGGACAAAACUGGAACUCUGACCCUCAACCACAUGACAGUCACGAAGAUGUGGCACUUCGACUGUGAAGAACCGUUCGAGGUGCAGCGGGACAUGACCUCUGUCACUCCUGGUCCUGCGGCACAGACGAUCCUUCGAGUCGGUAACAUUGCCAACAACUCUCGGUUGUCGCGGAUCCAUGCCAACUCGCCGGCCAGCGCCUCAUCUGCGGCUGUCCUCUCCUCAACUGUCAACGGUGAUUCUGCUUCCAAGAGUCGCUGGGUCGGCCAACCGACUGAUGUUGCUGUUCUUGACCUGCUGGAUCAUUUGGGCGAAGACGAUGUACGCGACCGGAUCAGUGCACGUGUCCAUGAAACGCCAUUUAGUUCCGAGCGCAAGUGGAUGGGUGUUGUUAUUGGUAGCACUAAUGGGUCGCACGGAGGCUCGCACGUCGCUUACAUCAAGGGCGCUCUUGAACAGGUCCUGGCUCGCUCUGACACAUACCUCACCAAGGAUGGCCGAGAAGUCAUUCUCGAUGAGCCUCGGCGCCAAAUCAUCCGUAACGCAGCUGAAAGCAUGGCAUCAGAGGGUCUUCGGGUUCUUGCCUUCGCCAGCGGAGCUGUUCGUGAAUCCAGAGGCAAUAGAGGCUACCGCUCGCCAAAAUCUGCUCAGGUUGAUGAGGAUGAGCGGUACAACGGUCUUGUCUUCGCUGGCCUGGUGGGUAUGAAUGACCCGCCUCGCAAGGACGUGCACAAAUCCAUUCGGCGCUUGAUGUCUGGCGGUGUCAGGAUCAUUAUGAUUACUGGUGACGCCGAAACCACAGCUGUGGCCAUUGCGAAGAAACUGGGUAUGCCGGUUAGCGAUGCUCCUAAUUCCCGCUCAGUUAUACGCGGCGAUGAACUUGAUCGCAUGACCCUUGGUGAGCUUGCUCAAGCAAUUUCCACAGUCUCGAUCUUUGCUCGCACGAGCCCAGACCAUAAGCUCAAGAUUGUCCAUGCGCUUCAAUCUCGCGGCGACGUGGUUGCCAUGACCGGUGACGGUGUAAACGACGCUCCUGCUCUGAAGAAGGCCGAUAUUGGUAUCUCCAUGGGCAAGCUUGGUACCGACGUUGCUAAGGAGGCAGCGGACAUGAUUCUCACAGACGACGAUUUCUCGACCAUCCUGCGUGCCAUCGAGCAGGGCAAGGGCAUCUUCUACAACAUUCAAAACUUCAUCACAUUCCAACUCAGUACCAGUGUGGCUGCACUCAGUCUUGUGCUUCUGAGCACCACGCUUGGUUUCAAGAAUCCGCUCAAUGCCAUGCAGAUCUUGUGGAUCAAUAUUCUCAUGGAUGGCCCGCCAGCCCAGUCCCUCGGCGUGGAGCCCGUGGAUCCGACAAUCAUGAACCGGCCACCACGACCCAAGACAGCCCGUGUUCUUACAAAGCCUCUUAUUCAGCGUGUACUCACUCAAGCUCUGGUCAUUAUGAUCGGUACAUUGUCUAUCUACAUCCACGAGAUGGGCGACAUCACCGACGGAUCUCCCGUGGACAAGCGUUCCCGGGUUGUCACAGCCCACGAUACGACAAUGACCUUCACCUGCUUCGUCCUCUUCGAUAUGUUCAAUGCGCUAAGCUGCCGCAGCGAAGGCAAGUCUGUUCUUCGCGGCGAGAUCUCGCUCUUUGGGAACAAAAUGUUCAACUACGCCGUGCUGGGCUCCCUAGCCGGCCAGGCCUGUGUCAUCUACCUGCCUUUCCUGCAGCGCAUCUUCCAGACCGAGCCUCUCACCUUCGCAUCCAUUGUCAAGCUGGUUUUCCUCACCAGCUCUGUGUUCUGGGUCGAUGAAGGUCGCAAAUAUUUGCAUGCUAUGCGCCGCCGCCGCGGAGUCGGCUCGGGGUAUAGUGCCAACGUCUGA